GUGCGACGGUUGGUCCACAGAGAACCCAUACGCAUACUGCUCGGUAUAGCCUGCACCGGCGAGAGAAGACUUUCCAGAGAGGUGGCGCUCGAGCGAACGCGUUGCAAUCCGUGGAGUCCCCCCAGUGAUGGCGAUCCAAACACCCGGGCCACGUCGUCUAACCAGAGUUAUAUGGACCAUCCCCGAAACUCCAUCAACGUUCACGCCGAUUCCAUGCAGGGCGAUGACACUGGUCAUGGUGGCGUGAAUCAGCUGGGCGGCGUAUUCGUGAACGGCCGUCCAUUACCGGAUGUAGUGCGGCAGCGCAUCGUGGAGCUGGCGCACCAGGGUGUCCGGCCCUGCGACAUCAGCCGCCAGCUGAGGGUCUCCCACGGAUGCGUCUCCAAGAUACUCGGAAGGUACUACGAGACAGGCUCGAUCCGACCGGGCGUGAUCGGCGGCAGCAAGCCGAAGGUGGCCACGCCCAAGGUGGUGGACGCCAUCGCGAACUACAAGAAGCAGAACCCCACCAUGUUCGCCUGGGAGAUCCGCGACCGGCUGCUGGCCGACGGCGUCUGCGACCAAGACAACAUACCCAGCGUUAGCUCCAUCAACAGGAUCGUGCGCAACAAGGCAGCCGAGAAGGCCAAGCACCACCACGUGUCGUCCAACGGCGGCAGCCCGCAGCCCCAGUCGUCGCCCACGUCGGUGAUCACGCACGCGCCGUCAUCGGCGCACGAGUCGAGCGUCUCUGCGGCGGCAGCCGCGGCUGCCCUGCAGAGGCCAUCCUACUCCAUCAACGGCAUCCUGGGCAUUCCCAGCGCCGAGGCGGCCAAGCGCAAGCGCGACGACCAGGUCUCACAAGUGCACGGCGACUCGGCGCGAGACAUGAACGGUGACCACGGAAUCCACGAAGAUGAAGUUAAACGUUCCAGGGCGCAGUACAACGGCGAGCAGAUCUACUCCAACCUAAGUCCCAACAUGUGGGCCAAGUGGACAAAGCAGGACGAACUGAAGGCCGGCAUGGCGGACCUGCCAACGAGCAACGGGUCGCCCUAUCACCACCUGACGUCUCAGGCGUCCCAGCCCGCACCCCCAUCGCAAGGCGCCGCCUUCGAGCAGGCUUUCAGCCCCGUGGUGUCGUCAGCGGAGAAGCAGACGGCCGAAUACGACGUCGCGAUGACCACCAUCAACUCGCAGUCCACCGCCGUCUACUCGCCACCCCUCGGCAGCAAUUCGCUCACGCCUCUGACGCCCAUCAGCAUGCAAGAAGUCAAGUCCCUUGUCAACAGCGGAGCGUCGCUCAUUGAAACUAGUCCAAACCCACACUCCUACCAUCCAGCGGCCGCGGCGACCGGUAGCGAGAUCCAGGGCAGCCCUUCACCGGCCAAGGCCGAGGCACCGUGCCCGCUCUCGUCGCUAACGGUGCUGCAGCCCGUCCAGGGGGCCAUCCCGGGCUACGGCUCCAGCUUCUCGCAGUUCUCGGCCGCGCCAGUGACGGGCAGCGCAGUUGCCAGUUCUGCGGUGGCGGGCAUCCCCGGCGCCGAUUACGCCUACGCGUCGCCCUACACGCAGUACUCUUCGGCGGCAGCAUACGGCGCCUACGGCUACGGCUCCAGCGGAAUCAUCAACCCGUCCUACUACUACGCCCAUAGCGCCAGGACCGGGUCGGCCGGCACGGGCCUGAGCAGUGCGGGUCCGCUCAGCCCCAACGCGUACAAGGGCGAGCGCUGCUGACACCUGCGGGACGCCUAAGGCCCGCCGACCGCGUCCACGGGACAGCAACGCCCCCCAUGCUCUGCCGCCGGCAGGCCUCCGCCAUUGCUCCGCUCACUCGUGCAGCACUGCGGAGUGCAGCAGAGCGCAACAACGGACCUGAGGCCCGAAGGCCGAGGCGGCAGAGGCAGCGGUGACGGCGGCGACCAUCUUGCGCAGGCUCCGGACUUGGCCGCCAACUUUUGCGUCGUUCCCCGCGUGGAGAUGAUGGUGCCUGAUCGGGACAGACGGACGAGGAAACCGCGGCGGAGGCAGCCGCCGGCGGACGAGUGUGGCGCGUCGAUGCGAGAACCGCGCGUCGGUGGUGAUCCGUUCCUCGCGAAAACCAAAGAUCUUGUGUCCGCCUUGUGGACUGUUUUGGACUUGUGCGAAGCGCGUGACGCGCAAGAACGAUGACGACGGCGACGACGUUUAACGGGGGCCUCCGGCGCACCACGUCGUGUGUGCGGCACGACAGCGGCGCGCCACAUUGAACGCGCGGGGCGGCUGCGCGAGGCGAGGCGAUGUACAAUACACAUGUGGCCGCCCAGAGCGUAUACGACUACCAGAAGUCAUUCUGACGCCGCGAAAGCAGCCGCGUGGCUCCCCGCCUGGAUGAGCGCGCCCGCGACCAAUGCCUUUGCGAUGGCGACACGAUAGCCGGUGGUCUCCAUGGAUCGCCGAUUUGUAUCUGCGCAUCAGGUCUCCGUGGAAGCGCCACCUCGUGCUGCUGCUGUUCCGCUGUGGGAUCUCGCUAAAGAUGGUUUAGGGCCCUUUGUCAAAUUUCAGCAGCGAAAAAACUAUCACUGCGCGUGAAAAGUAGUUAAGUGAAGCAGGCAGGCGCGAUAAAUCAGUUCUCAAGAAAAGUGAAGGUGGCAGGAAGAAAAAAAAUACUUUUGAUUUCCGCGGCAAACGUUUCCUUCUGGCCAUUUGCAUAACGCGCUAAGGCAGUAACUAGUUAAACCCUCAAUAAAGACAGGUUCUGUCACUGCGCGGGAGUUGAGCAGUUCUUUUCUUUAAAAAAGAAGAUAAAAAGAAUGACAACACAUAGGCAGUCUUAUAUAUAAUUGAAAUAAAGGAACUGAUUUUGAUAUACUGUGCGAGAAACCUAUGCCAGCAGAAAGUGUGAUGCACGUGUGUCAAGUGCGUUAGUACAACGAGGGGAAUCCUGCUGAGUAUCGGCCCGUGGGCAUUUUUAAGGUGCGUAACACGCGUUGAGGCGCAAGGAGCCACGCGGCGACCGCUUUUGGCACUCAGAAGUGUCUGUCGCUCCCGCGGCAAGCGCUGGUGGUUGGUGUAAAACGUUCAUCUUCGCCGCCACGUCUCAGAGACAUAAGAAAAAAAAAACGAAACACAUACGCUGUGGCGCAAGAAGUGUGACUUGAUCUGGUCGCCAGGAUAUUUCUAUCCAUCCUUACAUCAACUGUGCUUAUUAGUUUACAUCGACAGCUUUUUACCCGUGUACCCUCUCCCCCACCCCCUCCCUCGCUCCCUCCCUCGCUCCCUCCCUCCCUUGUUCGUUUUUAUUUUUGUUUCUCCCUCUGGAGGACUGUCCUCGUGCGUAUUAUUUACGGCAUAGCACUGCGUGUAUUUAUCGGAGGAAACGAAACACAACGCAGAAGAGGUAUUACGUCGCCGCUCUACUUUGUAUCAUACAAGGCGUAGUUCCGGACGACGGCGACGCUGCUGAUUCUACAUGGUCUCACGCCACGGUUUGCUCAAAGUUUUACGUUUGUCUACGCACACGUUUACCUGUCUGCGGAGUAAUUUCGCAGUUUCACAGCCACCACACGAAAAGGAGAGAGAGAGAAAGAAAAAGAAGAAUGUAUUCGCUGUAACGUUAUCAUGACGUGUUCCUGCAAAGAAAAAAAAAGAGCGAUCCAAUGGCCAAGUGCAUAUUGUUGCUUAUCUGCAUGUUGUUAUACGACGGCGCAGAGCUGGGAUGCGAGCUUCGUAGUUCAGCGGCAGUGGCUUGCGCUCCUCAUCGUUCUUACAUUGUCUUAGGCGCCGGCUACUAUACUGCGCGAGAAAACGAAUAAAGUUCUCACGAGACAACUGGCUUGGAGAUUCGUAAAUUUUAACUGCAUUUCAUUCGCGGCUAGCUCAGGUCAUUACUUUUUUUUUUCUGAACAUUACGGAUGAAUAACGCGUCGGACGUCGUAUAUCGACAGCUUCGAGAAACGACACGUUCAGAGUUUGUUUAGUCCGGUCGAAAAGGUACCAGUAGAUGUUAUGUUUGAAGAAGAUAUCAUUUGGCCGACGUCUGGCGAAAAUAAUAUUAAGUCUCUGGUAUAGUGGCUUUUGUCAGAAAGAAAAAAGAAAGGAAGGAAGGUUGAAAACAUGGAGGCCCUGCUGGAAGGCCGAAAAUAUUCGCAUCCAAUACCUUGCCUUCCUUGGUGAACAUCCGCGAGCCGCCGCUGUACCGCCAAGCUCUCGUCCUCGUCGGUUGCGAAGCAUGCAGCCGCUUCACGAAGCCGAACCGCAGGAGUCGACUUGCGCUUCGGCUUCUCGCUGUAGACGACGUAGAUCAGUUCAUUGUAUAGUUCAUAUGGUUCACCCCUUUUAAGUGGCAUGCUUUUCGAAUGUGUAUUAUGUGUUACUAAUUUAUACAAACCCUAUGACGGAAGAUGAUAGGAAGAGGCGCGUGAGUAGAGGCGCGAAGGACAGAGAGAGCCGUUCACCCGCGAAAGAGACGAUGUACAUUAUUACUUUCCGCCGUGGUUGUGUCUGCUUGGUGUGCGAGUUUUCUUGUGUGUGCGACUCGUUUCUUGGCUUGCGCUUAUACACACUUGUUAGGGCGUAACGAAUGAUGCCGCGUGUGACAUUGCAGACGGUGACCGCGGAGUUCUUCCGUGCAGCCGCGUAUCGUCCCGCUCUACAUGCGAAAUCCCCUCGUCUUUCUCAUGGCAGAUGUUCACUUCAUAUCCCCCCUCCCUCUCAAAAAAGGCAUGUUGUGUGUUGUAAGGUAUUUUGAAGGAGGACAACAUACAAUACGCGUCGUGUUUUUGUUGCUUUCAUGUGGUGUUCUGAUUUCCUCUUUAUUGCCUGUUUUUUCGUGCUUUGUGUUGCCGCGUUUGUAUUCGUACUUUUUUUGUUCUUGUUCAUCUUAUUGUUUCUGAGAGUUGCACCCUGUGAUGAAGAACGACACCCUGUAUAUAGACAUCACGCCGUAGGCGCUUUUUCUUUAUUUUUUUUCUUUAGUAGCGAUAUAAGUGAGUGACACAAAGGAGGAAUCUUUUUAGAGGAUAUUGGUUACAUUUAGGAGCGGCACGAUGGUUUCAGGUGCUGUGAGAUGAAGGCAUCGCCGCAGCUUCUUUGUGUGCUUUAAAGCUUUGACGGCAGAAAUUAUUGUCGCCGCUUCCGAACGACGCGGACAGAAAGAGUGCUGAUGAGAAGGUAGCGAAAAUGGUAGCGAAGCGUGGGCGCACGAAUUUCGUGGAGCUACUCGUUACUCUCUGACAAAUGAACGAUUGUUUCCGCGGACACUCCGAGGCAUGAAAUUACGGCGGCAGCUACAUUAAUGAAGUUGGUUGCGGCGCACACCAAACUAUUCUUUUUUUUUUUUCGCUCUCAGUGCAAACUGUAAACACCUGACAAUAUUGCGUAAAGGUCAGCUACUUAAGAAUGUUAUUGUGUGUUCAGGAGAUGAAGAAUGUAUACCGGUGUUUUGCUGGGAGUUCGCAGGGCGCCGAACUCUUGCGUAUAGCGUCCAUCUCUGUCUAGAAAGGCCACGAACGUUCCUCAAAUGCGGUCACAUAUACAUAAAGUGCGUGUAGAUUUAAUCUGUUCUCUUCAAAGAUAAUAUAUGGUUCUUUUUUUAAAUUUGAUCAAUGUGCUCUGCACAACACCUGUUCUUGGCCCGACAGUCGCGGCUGGCUCAAAGAAGAGCAUGGCACACUGCUUACAGAGGUGGGAGUCAAUUUUUUUUUUCGGUACCCCGGCUGAUCGGUAGACGCAAUUAUUUCUGACAGUUCUUUAAGCAUGUCACGUGACAUACUAACUUGAAUGCAUAAAUCCAGAAACUUAAAAUCUUGUUCGUGAAAAGUCAAGCGGAUCAGACGGUUUCCUUCCAUUUCUUGGCUCUUCGCGUGCAUCUGCCACCAUUCCUUGCCUAUAGCGGAACUUCGUGUUGACCGACUAUUGUGUAUUCAAGCAGUGUGUGAUGCCUUCCAAUGUGCUGUACAAGAGAAUGAGGUAUAAAAAAAAACAACAGGAAGAAGAAAUUUGCGCUUGGCGCUGAACGAACUCGACGCUGAAUGAUGUUCUGUCGGCUAGAGGCUACGCGCGGCUCUGUAUCUUUUCUUUGGUUGUGUACAUGAACAGGUUGCCUGAACAAAAUGUACGUGUGCGGGGCUGAGUGACUAGUGUGCAAGGUUUGAUGACUGCGUGAAAUAAAACUCGAUGAGUAUAUACU